AAGUGUCCGGACUGGAAGGGGGUGAAAGCGUCCAGACUGGAAGGGGGGGAAAGUGUCCAGACUGGAAGGAGGGGAAAGUGUCCGGACUGGAAGGGGGUGAAAGCGUCCGGACUGGAAGGGGGGGAAAGUGUCCAGACUGGAAGGGGGGGGGGGGGGGGGGGAGUGUCCGGACUGGAAGGGGGUGAAAGUGUCCAGACUGGAAGGGGGGGGGGGGGGAAGUGUCCGGACUGGAAGGGGAGGAAAGUGUCCGGACUGGAAGGGGGGGAAGUGUUCGGACUGGAAGGGGGGGAAAGUGUCCAGACUGGAAGGGGGGGGGGGAAGUGUCCGGACUGGAAGGGGAGCAAAGUGUCCGGACUGGAAGGGGGGGAAAGUGUCCGGACUGGAAGU